UUCAACAAAAUUAAGCCUAGCUUGUUCAUGAUGAAGUCCUCAUCUUUAGUUUGUCUUGGUUUGUGCUUUCUUUUCACGCUGAAUGGUUGUUUAGGUCAAAUAGAACAACAAGGUGGAGGAUGGCAAACUCAGCAACAACCGCAACAGCCACGUCAUUACCAAGGUCAAAGCCAGUGUCGAAUUGAAAACUUAAACGCUCAAGAGCCUAACCGUCGUGUUGAAUCUGAAGCUGGUGUUGCUGAGUUUUGGGACCAGAAUAAUCAACAAUUCGAGUGUGCUGGUGUUGCUGCUACUCGAUAUAUCAUUCAGCCUAGAGGACUUCUUUUGCCAUCUUUCGCAAAUGCGCCUAGACUUGCCUACAUUGUUCAAGGUAGGGGAUUGACUGGAGCCCUUAUCCCUGGCUGUCCUGAAACCUUCCAUUCAAUUCAGCAGUCUCAGCAAUUAAGAGGAGGCCAGCAGCAGAGAUCUAGAGAUCAGCAUCAAAAGAUACGCCAAGUUCAGCAAGGAGACGUUUUGGCUUUGCCUGCAGGAGUAUCUCAUUGGUGCUACAAUGAGGGCGAGACGCCACUUGUCGCUAUCGUUGUUCAUGACACAAGCAGCAACGCAAACCAGCUAGAUCGCAACCUCAGGAGAUUUCAACUGGCCGGAAGUCAGCAAACACAAACUAGCUCAUAUCAACAACGCCAACAACAACAACGUCAACAGGUAAGAGGUCAACAAGAUGUCCCAGAAAACAACAUCUUCAAUGGCUUCAAUGUCGAGACUUUGGCUGAGGCUUUUGGAGUGAGCACCGAGACAGCAAGGAAACUACAAGGACAAAAUGACCAGAGAGGUAACAUCGUUUUUGUUGAAGGUGGGCUUCAAGUGAUUAGGCCACAACAAGGAGAAGAAGAAGAGGAACGAGUACAACGUUACAGGACCACAAACGGGUUAGAGGAAACUAUUUGCAGUAUGAGACUCAGGCAGAACAUAGCUAACCCAACUAGGGCUGAUGUUUACUCAGAAAGAGGUGGAAGAAUCACUACUCUCAACAGUCAGAAGUUGCCCAUUCUUAACUACAUCCAGAUGAGUGCAGAAAGAGGAGUCCUUUACCAGAAUGCCCUACUUGCACCACACUGGAACUUGAACGCCCACAGUGUUAUGUACGUCACAAGAGGAAGUUGCAGGUGUCAGAUUGUAGGUAACCAAGGUCGCCAAGUCUUUGAUGGUCAACUCAACCAAGGCCAGAUGUUGGUUGUUCCUCAGAACUUCGCCGUGGUUAAACAGGCUGGAAAUGAAGGAUUUGAAUGGGUAUCAUUCAAGACUAAUGACAAUGCUAUGACGAGCCCAUUGGUUGGAAAAACUUCUGUGUUAAGCGCAAUGCCCGCAGAUGUCUUGAUGAAUGCAUAUCAAAUCUCAAGAGAAGAAGCAAAUAGGUUGAAGAAUAACAGAAUGGAGGAAACAAUGAUACUUACCCCAGGAUCUAGGUCUCAGUCUCAGGUCAGGGCUUCUGCUUGAACACAUACAAUAUAAUGCAUGUAUGAGUUCCUUUUGUGGGGGUUUAGGUACAUGUUUACUAGUAGUAAGUCUGAUCUUGGUAAGGCUGAAGUUGGUUUAGCUAACUACUUGUACGAGUCAUGAUGUCAUAAUAACGUUCAGACUGAUAAUGAAAUAACUUUUGUUCCCA